AUGCGAUUGUAUGAAUGGGGACCAGAAGAGGGCAAAAAAGUGCUCUUCGUUCACGGGUUGAGUACCCCUGCACCAGCUCUUGGAACUGUUGCCGAUACCUUAACAAAACGAGGUUGCUGCGUGAUGAUCCUAGGUAAGUGGGUUAUCUCUCACACGUUGCCUAUUAUUUUAUCACUUAGGAGUACUUACAUAUUACCCAGAUCUUUGGGGUAGAGGGUAUUCAGAUGCCUCUUCGGAUUUAAAGCAUGACUCGCGCCUAUACGCAACGCAAAUUCUGCUUGCCAUUUCCACUUCUCCAACUUCAUGGACAGGCUCAACUCUGGUGGCUUUUCUUUGGUUGGGUACUCUAUGGGUGGUGGAGUGGUAG